AUGCAACACCGCAUAAAAAGAUUGAGGACUAUGUUCCCCAUUUCUCGUCCGGAUCAUUUAGGAGAGGCGUCCAAGCCUACUAGCGACAUCUUGAGAAGAGCUGAACCGGCUUUCUCUGGAACUGUCCAUAGAAUACUUCGAAUUUUGCUUGGGGACCCAUGGGGUGACUAUGACUACAUUCAUAGCCUUGGACACGAUAUAGUCGCAACACGAAAAGCUUCGUACUUUGAACUCGUUAAUAUUCGACUAUGUCACAGUUCCGACGUCCAAAAACAGUACCGUCUCCUUUCCAGUACUCAAAGUCCUAACGUUGCGACUAUCUACGACCUCUAUAGUGACGGCAACAAGGUCUUUCAAGUUACAGAGCGCCUUGAUAUAUAUUUAUCCCAGUUAGAAGUUCAGAAAUAUGAGCUGGAGGAGUGGGAGAUGGCUACAAUAAUUGCUGAGGUCCUCAAGGGUAUUACUUACAUCUCCUCAUUGAAACUCUCUUGCAGAACGCUUUCAGAAGCAAAUAUCGGAUUAUCUCUAGAUGGAGAGGUAAAACUUGUCCUAGAUCUUCAACAGGUCCAGCAUGACCACUUACAUGAGGGCUCGAAGGUGUCACAGGUUCUCCUGGACUUCCCGAUACUGGCUGAACUUAUAGAGGAUAUGAUGCUUUCACGUUAUCAUCUUACACCUAACGACAUAAUGUGGUCCGAGGAUGCCCUUAGCUUUCUCUCUUGUACGUUGUCAGGAUCCUUGGAGACCCUGAUGAAAUAG